AUGGCGAGCGGCGGUGGCAUUCUCCUCGUUGACAACACCUGUCCAGCCUCCGAACCGGACGAGUCUGAGAUUGGCCUGCGAGCGAGCCGGGCGAGUACCCACCGAUCCCUGGCGAAGAAGCUGACCGGCCUCUCGGUGCGAGAAAACCUGGCCCGCCGGAAAUACGCAAAGUACCAGCAGGAUCGGUACGAUGGUAGUGGUGUCAAUGGAGACGACCGCAGGCUUAGCAGGGAGAUUACAGCUACGCCGCGAGAAGGCUCACUGUCCAGGAACACGUCAAUUGCACCCUCGUCAUCUGCUGUCCGACGGCCUGGGUCGGACGUGGCGUUCGACACCGAAGCAUGCGUGCAGGGACAGCCAACGACAGAAGAGCCACACCCUCAAUCACAAAGUGAAAUAGACGUGCUCUACGAAAACCAGCGAGGAUGGUUCUUCUUCGGCAAGCCCAUCUUUUCGAAAAACUCGCUUCUGAACCUUGACCCGCCGGCAUGGAUGACGGCCACUUUUGAACAGAGCCCCGUAACAAUUGCAAACGCACAGGUCCCUGAUCCAAGCUGGGUGUGGGACUGGAAGACAUGGUAUGUCGACAUGUCGAAUGACGUCGACGAGGAGGGUUGGCAGUACUCGUUCUCCUUUGCUUCGAAGUUCGCCUGGCACGGAACCCAUCCCUGGUGCCAUUCGUUCGUUCGACGGAGACGAUGGCUGAGGAGGAGAGUAAGAAGGUCCAAACAUAGGCCUGAAAGAGGUAUGGCUGGUACUAGCUACCUGGGAAGCGGUGAACCCAGUAUCAUCACGGCGGGAGAAGCUGGGACAAUAUAUACCGGCCAACUAUCGAGAAUAUCCCAAGAUGAGUGGGAGGAACAGGUUGCGCCCGAGGAUAUCACGAACGUGGCAAUUCUAUCCAAAGCCAUGAGGAUUUCGACGCUUGACCGUGAGAGGAUCGAUGCAGUGAGGGAAUUCGCACAUCGUGGAGGAGAGGGUCUGGUGUUGCUGGAAGAUAAGAUGCCUGAAAUAUUGUCCAUGUUGCUCUUUGAUUCUUCUCGUCGACAAUUAAUCAAAAUGCUGAAACAGUCAAUGGAUGAAAUACCGCACGACUCUCCCGAUGAAGCCGAGAGAGCCAGGCGGGAGAAUCUGCGCAAGGCAUACAAGGCCGGUGACCGGCUCGUCAGAGAGUCGUGGACUUGGAACAGCGCAUGA